ACAGUCUUUAAUGUAGUCCAUCAAUGUUUGCUGGAUAUUUAUGUUCUGUGAUGUAGUCCAUACAUGUUUCCGUGAAAUAUCUACAGUUGUAUACAUCCCUGCAGUGAGUGUGUGACGUUGAACAAUUUUGUAAUUUGAUUCACUAAGAAUGGGGAAGAAGAAAGGAAAGAAAUCUGGGGGACAGAAGGAAGAGCAGGCAACUGGAGGCCAGCCUGAGAAGCCCCAGAAAGCCGGUGGAGAUGCACAAGUGGGGCCAUCGCAUAUGCAGCAACUCGAAGCUGGUGGAGGUGCACAAGCAGGGCCACCACAUAUGCAGCAACUCCAGACUGGUGGAGGAGAACCUGGGUCAUCAAAACAGAAAAAGAAGGGGAAACAACCACCCCAAGUGAUGGAAGUUGGCGGGGUUGAUGUCGGCCCGUUGCAACACGAGAAGAAGCAAGUGCAACAGCCGCAUCAACCGCUACAUGCACAGCAGUCUCCUAGCAGUGAUGUUGGUACUUUUCAUGGAUAUGGUAGAGGCCAGAUACCACCAGAUAGUGGCAAAGCAGAACGUAGACCAGGACUACCACAGCAGGCCCAGGCAACACGUGAGCAACCUCCUGCUGCUGCAUGGGGUAGACCCAAACAGCAGCUUGAAGCAGCUCAGCAACCACCUGUACAGACUUCUGAAGCACAGGCACGAAGGAGAGGGCCUGCAGGUGCACCUCCAUCUGGUGUUACUGGUGCAGGAGCACAAGGAAGGACUCCACCAAUAGUGAUGCCAGAAGUAGGUGUUCAGAAAACUGUAGGUGAAACAUCUCGUGUAGGAGCCAUAACUAAAUCAUUUCAGUCCUUGCAAAUACCUGCAAGAAGGGAUCGAAAUAAGUGUGGAACUAGGGGUCGACCAAUAAUUGUCGAAACAAAUCAUUUUGCACUGGACCUAGCAAGACUACGGAACAAGAUUGUUAUACAUUAUGAUGUAACAUUGGUUCCUUCACUUCCAAAGAGGCUUUUGAGAGCUGCCAUGGGAGAAUUCAGACAAAAACAUUAUCCUCAGCGGUUUCCAGCAUUUGAUGGAAAGAAAAAUUUGUACAGCUCAGGAGAAUUGCCUUUUGAUAGAGAGAUAUGUGAUGAAGUUACAGUUUAUGAUGAUGAGACUUGUAGAGAAAAGGAGUUUAAAAUUACCAUCAAGUUUGCAUCUGAAGUUGAUUUGCAGUCUCUACUUACGUAUAUGAAGAAUGGUAGUUCUCUGGUUAAACCACAAGAAGCCAUUCAAGCUGUUGAUAUUGUGCUACGUAAUGCACCAGCCUUCAGGUUUGUGCAGGUUGGGCGUUCCUUUUUUAGUCCACCAAGGGAUCAAAUAUUGGAUUUAGGCAAUGGCUUAGAAAUGUGGUAUGGAUUCUUCCAAAGUGCUAUCCUUGGAUGGAAACCAUUUGUCAAUGUCGAUGUGGCACACAAAGGUUUUCCUUCAGCAAAAAAUGUUGUUGAUAUUCUUAUGGAGAUAUGCAACCUCAGACAUGCAGACCUUGGGCGAGAAUUGUCAGUCUGGCACAAGAGAGAUUUUAUGAACUAUAUUCGUGGCCUUAAGGUUGAUUAUAUGCUUCCAAAUGUGCCAACAAGCAAGAGAACAUACAAAGUGAACAAUAUUGUUCGAAGUGCAGUUGAUCAGAAGUUUGAGUUGGAUAGUGGCAGAUCAAUAUCAGUUGCAGAAUACUUUGCCCAAGAGAAGAAGAUACGGCUUUCGUUUCCUCAUCUCCCAUGUCUUCAUGUUGGCUCACUGCAGAGGCCCAAACCAAUUUAUGUUCCAGCAGAAUUAUGCUGUGUGACGAAAGGGCAAGUGAUAAACAGAAAAAUGGAUGAGACACAAACAUCUAACAUGAUAAAGCAAGCUGCAACUAGUACUGAUGUCAGGAAACGCAAAAUCCAAGAAGCAAUGAAUGCACUGAGAUUCAAUGAAGACCCGUGUCUGAAAGAGUUUGGUCUCUCUGUCAGUGAUCGAUUUGAAAAAGUAGGAGCUCGUAUAUUGGAUCCGCCACAAUUGGAGUAUAAUCCUAACAAUAAGAGAAAUGUUUGUCCAGUGAAGGGUGUUUGGAGACCAGAGGCAUUUUUAAGGAGUAACAAAUUGACUCAUUGGAUUAUACUGAACUUAAAUAGAUUUACAAGAGAAGAUGAUCUGAGGCGUUUUGCAAUGGAAAUGCAGAAUAUGGGAAAAUCUUUGGGGAUGAUCAUUCAUCCUCCUUCAACCCCAGUGAGUAUGGAGCCACCAAAGAAAAAUACACACGAACUAAUGGCGUUCUUUAAAUCAUUGAAGAAUGAUAAAGUUCAGCUUGUGGUUGUUGUGGUGCCUGAUAAAGGAGAUUGCUAUGCUAAGGUGAAGCAAGUAGCAGAAUUGAAUGUUGGAAUAUUGACUCAGUGUGUGAAGGGAAGAACAAUGCAACGUAUGAAUGCUGCCACAUGUUCGAACAUUCUGUUGAAGGUCAACUCCAAGCUGAAUGGUAUAAACCACUCUUUGGCUUCAGUAUCAAGGCCACCAUGUUUGAAAAAACCUAUCAUGAUAGUAGGAGCUGAUGUGACUCAUCCAUCACCUGACCAGACUGACAUUCCUUCAGUUGCUGCGGUAACUGCCAGCCAUGACCCAAAGGCUUUCCAGUACAAUAUCCAGGUUAGAUUACAACCUCCAAGGGUAGAGAUCAUUGAAGACCUGGAAGAUAUCAUGAAAAAGCAACUUUUAUUCUUUCACAAAGCCACUCAAUACAAACCACAGGCGAUAAUAUUCUUUCGAGACGGUGUAAGUGAAGGGCAGUUUGCACAGGUUUUGAAUAGUGAGGUGAAUGCAAUUCGACGUGCUUGUUCGUCGUUGGAACAAGGAUACAAACCCAAAGUUACGUUCUUGGUGGUACAGAAACGUCACCACACUCGGUUCUUUCCAAGCCCUGAGGAUGCAGAUGGAAGAAAUAAGAAUGUGCCACCUGGUACAGUAGUUGACCGUGAAAUUACUCACCCCACAGAAGUGGACUUCUAUCUGGUUAGCCAUGCCAGCAUUCAGGGUGUUAGUCGUCCUACCAAGUAUCGUUUGUUAUGGAAUGAUGACGAUGAUAUGACGGAAGAUGAAAUUGAAGAAAUUACAUACUACUUGUGUCAUAUGUUUUCACGUUGUACACGGAGCGUGUCAUACCCAGCACCUACAUAUUAUGCACAUCUUGCUGCUUACAGGGCUCGUGUGUAUCUGGUGGGAGAGCAGAUUAAGCUGUCUAAUCUGGCAAUGGAGCAAAAGAAGUGUGCUGUCAUGGCUGAAAUUAUUUCUGGUCAUCCAAUGUUUUUUGUGUAAAUAAGCUGGUUUUAAGUUGAAUACUGAAUUUUUUCCCUUAAUUUACAUUCUUUUAAUGGAAAAUAUUUGUAUGAAACAAGGCAGAUUUAUAUGUAGCUUAGUAUCUCAUAUCUUUAUAUAAAAUUGAAAUUGUAGGUACAGUCAAACUCGGUUAUAGCAAGAUCCAAGGACCUAGGAAAAGUGCAUAUUAUAACCGUUACUCGUUAUAUACGUUAUUGUAGCUAUAUGUUACUUUGCUCUUACUCACUACUUUUAUCACACACACACACACACACAGAUAUAUACUUAUAGUUUCUCUCCCUAGGUCUUUUGAGAAUUCAUAACAUUAGGGAACAGAUAGAAGAGAGGAUUAAGAGAUUGGGGAAAAACAAAAAGCUCAAUGUCACGUGCACCUUCAGCAUAGGACAUGCUCUAUUCAAACGAGACAGCAGUGUAGCACAAUCAUUCUGCUCUCCCCCGCCAUGUGUAACCAUUUACAUUACUAUACAUUUUUUAUGAUUCCUGAAGCCCCCGUAUGCCCUCAGCGCCCCCGCCACACAAGUUCUGCGGGGUUUUCCACUACACCACUGAAACGAGGACUAUACUCUUUGUGAGAUACUGGGAACGGAAAUUGAACCAAGCACACUAUGAAUGUCAACUGUGAAUAUCGUUAAAAGGGUUGGAAAUUGCUGUUGGCAGGGAUGUGGAAAGAGAUAAAGGGGAAAAUGUCAUAAAUGGGCAAAGCGAUAAUAGAUCUUAGCUCUUCAUGCGGCAGUUCAGCCACUGCUUGUUAUAAUGGCUUAGAGAUUUGCUUGUUUUGCCUGUGAAGCUAUCAGCUACCAUAAUCGCUUUAACUGUGAAAUGUUGCUCAUAAAAUACAUCAUUUCCAACUGACUCUUCUCUGUUUGCUCGCAAUAGCUGAUAUCUCAUUAUAACAGAGCUUAAAUAAAUUGAAUUAUAAAUGAGUUUGACUGUAUUUUUAGUCUCAUAAUAGUAUUUUAUUAAGAAAAUCCUUUUUUACGUUUAAAGUAGUGGAAGUUUACUUUGCCCUUAAGCACCAUGGCAGCUUGGUAUGUAGGUACUAAUAGUAAAGGUGAAGUUGCACCACAGCAUGAAGACAUGUGGUUCAGUGAAGGUAUAGCUGCUUAUGUUCUUGGCAUUUUAUGGAAGUGAGCAGUACCAGUUAGGCAGGGGUCUGGGUGGGUCCCAGUAGCAGAUGCAAGAGAGUGGUUAGCCACAUGCUGUGGCUGCUUUUGUCUUGGAGAAAUAAUCCUCUGUAACUUUAGAGCAUAGAUGGACUGUGAAGCUGGUUUGAACUUCUUGGUAGUAUUCUUCUUCCAGGUUAUGAUGUUAUAUAAAUUUAUAGUUAGAGAUACAGUCUAAGUCCAUCUUCAGGGCUGAAGUUCAGUAUUCCAUAUAUUGGUGCUGGGGACUGUUUUCUGGAGCUGAAAAAGCUAAAGUGUGAUGUGACUGUACUACUACAUUUAGUGUCAAGGUCUCACCGUUUUUUAGUAGCAUGGUGCUUAGGUCCACUGAGAACUUUUCUGUUUGUUUUUCUUGUGAUGAUAUAAAGUAUCCUUAAAUAAUAAUAUGCACACAUACGUUUCUGAAAAAUGUACCAGAAAGUGUAUCAGCUCUGAAUUUAUGUGCAGCAUUGAGUUUGUGUAUAUGUGUUUGAAUUAAACUUGUUGUAAAGUCUA